AUGGGACUUAAGAGAAAGCCCCCGACCAGCUUACUUGACCUCCUCGAGGGUCAACUAGGGAAGGGUGCGCAAGGAACAUCGCAGUCCAGUGUUCCAUCUCCACCACCUCAGCCCCAGACCAUCCAGACCAGGUCAUCCUCCACCAAGUCGCAGCCACAAUCUCCCCGCCCCAAACUUCCUACUCUUCCUCAAACAGCUCUGCCUCCUCAGCCGGAGCCUACCGACUCAAAGAGAAAGAGGAGUCCCAAGGAUGGCACCCAAAAACAGGCCGAGGAACAGACAAAACGUCUACUAGAAGCUGAGGAUCAGUUGCAAAUAGUCAAGGAGCAGAUCAGUGAUUUGAAGAAAAGAUUGAUCUCGGCAGAGAAUGCUAAAGGUGUGGCGGAGUAUGCCCGGGACGAAGCCGUGAGGGCCAAGCAGGAGGCUGAGUUUGCCAGAAACGAGGCCGAAGCUGCUAGGGACAAGGCUGAGGAUGAGGGUUACAAUAUGGGGGUUGUUGAAACCCAAGCCUCCCUUAAAGCCCAAAUUCCCGGAGUGUGCAGGCUAUACUGCUCCCAGAGCAUAUUUUACCCACCAGCCAUCCGUGAGGCCGCCUCUGCCAGCUCCGAGGCUAUGAGCGAUCAACACGAGGCAGGGGUUACUCAGUCAGAAGCUGCACAGAUCAGCGUCCCUCCUCGUGAGUCGCUUAAAGGGGGAAAGCUUCAUGAUGUGAUAGAAGCACUUGAAAGUAUGGAUCCCGAGGUGCCCAAAGAGGAUGCCGAGCCUAUGGUCAGCGCUCAGAUCCCUGAUGCCGACGAGCCAGCCAUCCUUGCCUAG